UUCAGAUAAAAAAAUUAGCAUUUUCUCUAGAAUAUGUCAUUUUAUUAUUUUAUCAUGAAAUAUGUUUAAAUACACACACAUUUGUUUCAGAAACUGCUGAGAAAGAGUGUGUUUUGUUGUGCUCUGAUUUGUAGUGCUCGGUUUUAGGCUCAGAGUGCCGCUGUUUGUCAACUUAGCACAGUCUGUAUUUUAACCCAUCCCAUCAUCCCAGGAUUUCAGUGAGAAGGAAAAAAAGAAAAAGCUUUCAUCUUGCUCAUUGCGUGGUCAGGAACGAAACGGAAUUGUUUUUCUUUGCCGGAUAAAAAUGAUUUGCAUUUAAAUUUUACCCCAAAUCGUCGAGACUGUUCUUUUAUUCUGUGUUUUUGUGUUCGGUGCUAUCUGUAAAGAUGUCUCGUAUCGUGAUAUGCCACUGCGUUUUGUUUCUCUUUGUCGUUAAUCGCUCAGCGCAAGGACAGGUCAGUUACUCUAUUCCAGAAGAAAUUCCUAAAGGCUCCAUUGUUGGAAAUAUUGCGCAGGACUUAGGGUUGGAUUUACAACGAUUGAAAUCAGGAAAAGGACGAAUAUUUACAGGAGACAGUACUGAAUACAUUGGUUUGGAUAAAGAGACUGGCUUGCUGCUUAUCCGAGAGAAAAUGGAUCGAGAGUCUCUUUGUGCCAAAACGACGCCGUGCGCUUUGCAUCUUCAACUGAUUUUGGAAAACCCGAUGGAAUUGUAUACUAUUACGGUUGAAAUCACGGAUAUAAACGAUAACCCCCCCACUUUUCAGAAAAAGCGAAUUCAAUUUGAAAUCAGCGAAUCUGCUGUAACGGGUGCGAGAUUCAUGCUGGAAAAAGCCGUGGAUGCGGAUGUGGGAGUAAAUGGUCUUCAAAGCUAUUCUCUUAAACCAACCGAUAAUUUUGCUCUUGAACUCCACACCCAAGCAAGCGGGGGUAAAAACGUCGAGAUGGUUUUGCAAAAACCACUUGAUAGAGAAAAGAAAGAGGUUAUUUCUUUGUUGCUUACAGCUAUUGAUGGCGGUGAUCCGCAAUUGUCUGGAACUGUUCAAAUACAUGUUACUGUACUAGACGCCAAUGAUAAUGCCCCCGUACACAGCAAAAUCACUGGUGUUAAAAUAACACCCACGGUGUCAAAUUUAACACCGGCAAAGUGUGUAUAUGUGUCCACACUACACUGUGUUAAUUUAGUCAAAAGUGUAGUGUUAAUUUAACAGCACCCAUUAUAU